AUGGGGAAUGGAAUGAGCAAGGUUGUCACAGGCCUCUACCUGGGGAACAUCCAUGACUCGGAGGACCGGGACAGCCUGCACAGGAAUGGGGUCACACAUCUGAUUACUGCAACUGUCUUUGUGUCUUUGCAGGACAUGACCUACCUCUGUAUCUCAGCCUCGGAUUCAUCCAGUCAAAACCUGCUGCAGCAUUUUAAGGAGUGCAUCAAGUUCAUCCACGAAUGCCGGCUCGGUGGGGGAGGCUGCCUGGUCCAUUGCCUGGCUGGGGUGUCCCGCAGCACCACCAUCCUGGUGGCAUACCUCAUGACAGUGACUGAGCUGGGCUGGGAGAGCUGCCUGGCUGCCACCAGGGCCUCCAGGUCCUACGCCAGCCCCAACUGUGGCUUCCAGCAGCAGCUGCAGGAGUACGAGGCGACCCUGCUGCAGGAGUACCGCUCCUGGAUCCGCCGGGACUACGGCAGGAACCCCUUCAAGGACCAGGAGGAGCUGCAGUGCUUGCUGGCCCAGCAGAAGGAGCAGCAGCUGGGGAGCAGGGAUGGCUCCUGGCUCUGCUCCCCAGCUCCCACCUCCCCGCUCCCCCACCGUGCAGGUGGCCAGGGCAGAAGCAGAUGGAUGAACAGAUAA